UGAGCAGUUAGCAAACAGCUGCACUGUUAGCACCACAUCGUCACACAGGUUAGUGAGACAGACUGACUUCGCCCCCAUGGACUGUGUGAUAGCUUUGGCUGUACUGCUGUGUGUGGCAACACAGGUGUUGUGCCAGCUGUGUGACAGGCCCUGCCUUUGCCCUGGUCCUGUCCCUCAGUGUCCCACAGGAGUCCCACUGGUUCUGGAUGGCUGCCGGUGCUGCCAGGUGUGUGCCCGGCAGCGAGGCGAGCCUUGCACUGAGAUGUUUCCUUGCGACAGCCAGAGAGGGCUGCAGUGCGACUACAGCGCCAGCUUCCCCGGAAGCCCUGGGGAGUGUGUCGGUCAGGAGGAUCUGGGCUGUGAAGUCAAUGGCAUCACUUACCAGGAGGGCCAGUCCUUUCAGCCCUCCUGUGAUGCCUACUGCCACUGCAGAGGUGGAGGGGUGACCUGUGUGCCGGCUUGUCCCCUGACUGUCCGUCUUCCCACUCCAGAUUGUCCCAACCCACAAUUUAUCCGGCUACCGGGGAAGUGCUGCAAGGAGUGGGUGUGUGAAAACCUGGAGAACACAGUCAUCCAGGAUGCCAUCACAGCCAUGAGACCCAACAGGCUUUGGCCAGCCCUCCCGAGGGAUCAUCCUCUAAACAAACUGGUCUCACCUGCCCCCACCUGUAUAGAGCAGAGCACCCAAUGGAGUGCCUGUUCCCAGAGUUGUGGGGCUGGGGUCUCCACACGGGUUUCUAACCAGAAUCCUUCCUGCAAGCUGCAAAUGGAGACUCGACUUUGCAAAGUGCGGCCUUGCCAUACAGUCCUGCCUGCCCCAAGGAAACCCAAGUGGGGACGGCAGGGUCAGUGCAAGGCCAGCUACACGUCACCGGGGCCCAUUCGACUCGUUCACCAGGGCUGCUACAGCACUCGUGCCUACAAGCUCCGGUACUGUGGACAGUGUACUGACUCCCGCUGCUGCAUGCCUUACCAAACCACCACUGCUGAGGUGACCUUCCGCUGCCCCACCGGCAGACUGCUACCGCGAGCUGUGAUGAUGAUCCACACGUGUGUCUGUCAUAACAACUGCCCCUACUCUCCGUACAGUAACCCUGCUCUUUGGGGAUACCGUCCUUGAUUCACUUAUAACACUUCAGACUUCACUGACUGACUCUUCAUCUCUGAGGCUUGCCACACAUGUGGACUGGACAUUGAGAGAAACUUUUUGUAUCACCAGCUGGAUCCACAUAGGCAUCCUCAAUGGACCUUGAAAGAGAAAAUGACAUUGUAGAUAAAAAAAAACUGUGAUUGAGUGUGUGGGAUGAAUCCUGAUCUUCACACACAACUUCUGUCUGCACUUAUUCACAACUCCAGCCCCUUGGAAAGCCAGUAUACUGGUGUUUUUUGAGCAUAUCUAAGAUGCAAAAGAUAGAAAGAAAACUUUAUUACAUAGCACUUUUCAAAACAGAAGUUACAAAGUGCUUUACAGGAAGAAGGAAAAGGGAAAUAGGGAGACAGAGGAGACAGAGAAGACAAUAUAUAAAUACGAAAAGGUUAUAAAACCAAGACAAAGAAUAAGUAGGUUUCAAGAUGAGAUAUGCACUGAUUUGGCUUCUCUGAGACUUUGCAUAAUCACCUUUGUAGUUUUCAGCAUUGACUUUGAAACAGCAUCCAAACGUCCCUGCUGUGAGGAACUGAGGCUUCUCCCAUACCGACGUGCCUGAUCAUGUAAUGCCUUGAUUGUCAAAGGUAAAGUUUCGAAAUCAGUCAUUCAAGAGACAGGGAUCCAGUGCAGAGAGACAAAAACUGGUACAAUGUGUGAUUUAUGUUAGGUUUCUGCAGAGUUCUGCACCUGCUGGUGUCAAGAUAGAGAAGAUUUGCUUGAGCAGCAGAACAAAGUGUGACAUGAUAAAGGAAGGAUAAGGAAGAUUCUGGUUCAUGCAAUGUUCCUUAGUUCAUUAAUUCCUUGGUUAGAAAGCAGGACUGAACCCGAGAUUUCAUGCGGACGAGGCUGGGAUCAAAAGUAAUCCAAAGAUUUUUCAUACUGGGUUUAACAUUUGGGGAAAGCAGGGCCAUUAAACUGUUAUAGUUAUUUGCAUAACAGUAUCUGGGCCAAUAAAAAGAAUUUCUGUUUUGACACAAUUAAGCUGUGGAACGUUUUGAGACAUCCAUUUGUAGGAGAAACAAAAAAUGUGAUUUUUUUUCUCAUAACAUUUCAUAAUACUUCAAAAAACUAAACAAUGACUUGAUGACAUUCAGACAUGGUGUCAAUUUGGUUGUAAAUACAGCUUUAAAGACACAUUUACACAACUGAUCUGUAAAUAUGUCAAUAACAAAUUUCAAUGAUAUAAAAGUAUGUACUUGUAUCCCACAGAAUGAUUCCAACCUUUGUGUUGACAGAUAUUAUUUCCUGAUGUGAGCAAUGCAAUUUUUAACUUGUACAGUUUUGUCUGUGUGUUUGUAAUUAGAUGAUGUUGCACUUAUUUCUUCAUUUUCUGUUUUGUUGUAAAUAAUUCUGAACAUGUCUCUUAUGUACAGUGAAAAAUAUUUCAAUAUUUUACA